CAGUUUUAUCUCCUUCGAAAUAAAUUUAUUGAAAAAUUAGAUAUUUUUAUUAAUUAACUUAGAAUGAAGCCUUACCGUCGUUUAUAAAAGUCUUAAGUGAGUUUAUAAGUUGAUAAUACAGCAAACAAUCGAAAAACCGGUUAAGAAUUGUGAAAGGAUAAGCAGAAAAUCAAAAGAAAAUAAAAUUCCGAUAGAUGAAAUUUCAUUUUACACAGAAUCGCUACGUUGAGCGGAAGCCCUAAGUUACCUUAUAAUGAUUGAUAUAUUCGUGAAAUCUUCAUCUUGUCAAAGAAGUAAUUAAUUAAUUAAUUAAAGGAGGAUUAGAUGUCAACACAGCAACAUAACAAGUUAUAACUACUUAUUAUUAUGAAUAUAUAAUAAUUUGAUGCUCCUAAGGAGAAAUCAGUGAACACAUAGUGUUAAAUAAUUAGAGAAUAAGAAUUUAAAGUGCUGAUUGAAUUUUGUGUCAUAAAAAUACACGAUAAAGAAGAGUAUAUAUGUAGUUUGGAAGCUUUAUGGACAAUUUUUGAGGAAUUAUCUACCUAGUAAAUUUACUAUUAUUAUUAUUAUUACUAUUAUUCAACCCCCCUUAAAAAUACCCAAAAAAUAAGUCCAAGAUCGAUUUUAAAUGCACUAAGGAGGAAGUAACUGAUAUUCAAUAAAGAACCUAUUCUUGAUGUCGAGAGCACUCAGCAGAACAAUGAAAUUACCCAAUACUGAAAAACCAUUUCAGUGUAAUGUGUGCGAGAAGCAGUUUCGUCAAUUAAGUACACUUGCAAAUCACAUGAAAAUACAUACCGGAGAAAAACCUUUUAAAUGCCACAUAUGUUCAAGAGAAUUUCGACAGAGCAGUACCUUAACUAACCACAUUAAAAUUCACACCGGUGAAAAACCUUACAAAUGCAGUUUUUGCAGUAAAGAAUUCCGACAGCUAUCUACUUUAAGUAAUCAUGUGAAAAUCCAUACAGGUGAAAAACCAUUUGAAUGUGUUGUGUGCCGCAAAACAUUUCGACAAAGUUCCACGUUAAAUAACCAUAUUAAAAUACAUACUGGAGACAAAUUUGUUAUCUGAUCGACGCUUAAAGCGCCUGAUCAAGACAAUGCAGAAAAUCCUUGAGAAUUGCUGUAAAAAUAAUCUCAUUUAUUGAACAUUUUAAGUUUUUCCUUAUUUAUUUAAAUUACUUAAGAACGCUUUUCUGAUUCGGUUAUUUGGAUAAGCGGAGGUUGGAGAUGAUUUUAAAGUGCUGAUUGGAUGUGGACAUUGAGUUGGUUAGAUAAGAUUGUAAAUAAAAGUUUCUGUGGCAUUCUGAAUGUGAUUUCUUCAUUUUACAUGUGUUUUGUGGGUUCAAAGAGCUGAGCAUUUGUGACAAAUGGAAGUGGGGCUACGGAGCUGUUCAUAAAUGAUGUCUAUCAAAAAUCUAGGUAUUUAUACCCUUUUACAAUAUUUGGGAUUUUCUUUUUUUUUUGUUACCAAAAAUCUUAUCGUAAAUCUAGGAUAAAUAGGUCAUCCUAAUCUCCUAUGGCUUAGCAUCUGCUUCUGUAUCACACAAGGUUCAAAUAGAGACCGGUUCUCACUUAAAAAGUUCAAUGCUUAUGAAUUCAAUUUUCAAAAAUCAUACAAAUGUUUCAAAAUCAGGGACUGAAAUGUAUGAAAAAAAUCUUUGAUGAAAAAAAAUCACUCAUUUCAAUGAGUAAAAAAAUCAUGAUUUUUUCCAUCCUGCGUACAUUAUUACGUAGAAAAAAAUCACGUAAGAAAAAUUUUUACGUAGAAUUUCAUCACUAUUAAGUCACUUGCGCUUUAAUUUAGCUUCUUCCAUGAUUAAUGAUAUUUUAAUCUGUCAUUUAAACAACCAGAUACUCGUUAAAUAAGAUUUUAACUUAAUUAAAAUAUAGUAAG